ACUCUGGCGAAUCAGACCCAGAGUGUGAAAAACAGGGUGGGGGCAGAGAUAGACCUUCGGGCAGACUGCACUGGUUCAGUCCGUAUCCUAGGAACAUGGCCGAUGGUUAAUGCUGGUGCUUAACCAGAUGAGACAGUCAAAACGGUUUUGUUACAUGAGAAGGUACAAGAAAAGAAGUUUAAACUUGGCAAGGUGGUUAGCUAGCUACCGACCGUCGAUCGAGCAGAGGGGGUGUUAUUGGCUGGAGAAAAGGAAAACAACAUGGCGGCCUUGGAGCUCGAAUGGAUCCCAGAGACACUGUACAACACUGCUAUAUCAGCAGUGGUGGACAAUUACAGUCGAUCGCGAAGAGAUAUUCGUUCCCUCCCUGAAAAUAUUCAAUUUGAUGUGUAUUACAAGCUGUACCAGCAGGGUCGGCUCUGCCAGCUGGGAGGGGAGUUCUGUGAGCUGGAGGUGUUUGCCAAAGUUCUAAGGGCAUCUGACAAAAGACACCUCCUGCACCAUUGCUUCCAGGCCCUGAUGGAUCAUGGGGUGAAAGUGGCUUCUGUCCUGGCCAACUCCUUCAGCCGCCGCUGCUCCUACAUUGCAGAGUCUGAUGCCCAUGUGAAAGAGAAGGCCAUUCAGUUUGGCUUUGUUUUAGGUGGCUUUCUGUCUGAUGCAGGUUGGUAUGGUGAUGCAGAGAAGGUGUUUCUGUCGUGUCUGCAGCUGUGCACACUGCAUGACGAGGUGCUUCACUGGUACCGGGCUGUGGAGUGCUGUGUCAGGUUGCUUCAUGUCCGGAAUGGCAACUGCAAGUACCAUCUUGGUGAAGAGACUGUCAAGCUGGCCCAGUUGUAUAUGGACAAAUUGGCCAAACAUGGUCAUCAGGCCAACAAAGCUGCGCUCUAUGGAGAGCUGUGUGCGCUGCUCUUUGCUAAGAGCCACUAUGAUGAGGCCUACAGGUGGUGCAUAGAGGCAAUGAAAGAAAUCACAGUGGGUUUGCCUGUUAAAGUUGUGGUAGAUGUCCUGAGGCAGGCCUCCAAGGCCUGUGUGGUAAAGAGGGAGUUCAGUAAGGCAGAGCAGCUGAUAAAGCAUGCUGUUUUCCUGGCACGUGAGCAUUUUGGACACAAGCAUCCCAAAUAUUCAGACACUCUCCUUGAUUAUGGGUUUUAUUUGCUGAAUGUGGAUAACAUCUGCCAAUCAGUUGCAAUAUACCAGACGGCUCUAGAUAUCCGGCAGUCGGUUUUCGGGGGAAAGAAUAUCCACGUGGCCACAGCACACGAGGACCUGGCAUACUCCUCCUAUGUCCAUCUGUACAGCUCUGGCAAAUUUGACAACGCGCUAUUCCACGCAGAGAGGGCCAUAGACAUCAUCACUCACAUUCUCCCUGAGGAUCAUCUGCUACUGGCCUCCUCCAAAAGAGUCAAAGCUCUGAUCCUGGAGGAGAUCGCUAUUGACUGCCACAACAAGGAAACGGAGGAGAGGCUGCUCCAGGAUGCCCAUGACCUCCACCUCUCCUCCCUCCAGCUGGCCAAGAAAGCCUUCGGGGAGUUUAAUGUUCAGACAGCGAAACACUAUGGCAACCUGGGCCGCCUCUACCAAUCCAUGAGGAAGUUCAAGGAGGCAGAGGAGAUGCACAUCAAGGCCAUCCAGAUCAAGGAGCAGCUUCUGGGUCAGGAGGACUAUGAGGUGGCUCUGUCUGUGGGCCACCUAGCCUCUCUCUACAACUACGACAUGAACCAGUAUGAAGAUGCUGAGAGGCUCUACCUGCGCUCCAUCGCUAUCGGUAAGAAGCUGUUUGGCGAGGGCUACAGUGGACUGGAAUACGACUACAGGGGCCUAAUUAAACUGUACAACUCUGUGGGGAACUAUGAGAAAGUCUUUGAGUACCACAAUAUUUUAUCCAAUUGGAACCGGCUGAGGGACCGGCAGUUUGCUGUGGCUGAUGCCCUGGAGGACGUCAACACCAGCCCCCAGGCCACAGAGGAGGUGGUGCAGUCCUUCCUACUGUCACAGAACCAUGGGGCCGGACCACCUGCUUAGGCUUCCUACACAGACACAUGCACACAUGCCCACACGCAGAUAGAAACGCUAAGGUGUUCACAGCUCGCUUAAAUCUAUUGAACACACCCUCUCCACAUCAAGUUACACAGUUGGCCUUUCAAUCUGCCAACUGGCUUUAGGGAAAUGCACUGUGGAAUGCAUCUGAUCCAGUCUUUUUGUCGUUCUCCUGUGAUCUACCCUACAGAGAACAUUUGAUGGGAGGAUUCACUUGCUAUACACUUUGCAUUAACUAACACCGCUUUCAUCACCGUCAGUCUUCAGUUAGAGGAAUUGAGUCCAGGGGGGAAAGAAAACAAUGAGAACAUAGUGUUUUAUAGAAUAGUACAUGGGUUUUGUUUUCUGCUUCAUUUUUGGUCAGAGCUUGCCCUUUAUUGACCAUUGAUGUCUCCUGUAAGCAUGGAUUCAGCACCUCUUGGCUUUUUGCUUUGGUCAAUUAUAAAGAGCCAGAGUGACUUUUUCUGGGUGCAAUCCUUCUGUUAUUGUGCUAAUGUCAUGAGGGAGUUUACAACACCUUUCAUCCGUGGACCAAAUCUUCAGUUCUAUUUCUUUUUGGAACACCUGUUUCUGCCUCUAAAGAUGUUGUUGGUGCAGUCCUUCAUGCAUGUGUUUAAAGGUUGUCUGUGAUUUGAUGAAUUUGAAAUGCACCAGCAUGUGUAUUGAAUUGAAGCACAAUUGUGCUCAAUAGAUUCGUUGUUGGACCACUGACUUAAGGAAUAUUUGAAAGUGUACGUUAGAGUACCUUUGUGGAAUUAAAAUGGCAAGUAUUUAUAAGGAAUUUCGUGAAGCUAAACCAAAAACAAGUCAGCUAAAACCUGCUAUUGAGAUGACUCCCUCCCUGUCUUCCAGUGCAAAUGCUCAGACUGAGACCCUCAAAACACACCGUUAACAAUAUAAUAGGUCUCGUGUUUUCAUUUUAGAAUGAGAUGGUAAAGGUAGUAGUGCUAGUGAAGGGUUACCUAGUGCAAAGUUAAGUAAUAAUGUACCCCAUUUUGUAUGGACUAGGUAAAUAGAACUUAUUGCCUUGCUUUUAAACAUG